CUCCCACAAAGUAACGCUUUGCUUUGAUGUAAUUCUGAAAAAAUCGAUACACAGAAAACUGUUCAACUUAUUGAAAGAAAAAAUACUUACAUUUGUGUCCAAAGUAAAUCUGUGAUAUAUACCACUGGGAAUAAUAAUUAAAUCUCCGGGUACAACUUCGAUACGUAUCCAAUUAUCGUCUUUGUCUCGUGCAUCAAAAUAUCCUGAUCCAUCCAAAACCAAUCUUAUUUCUUCAUCUGUAUGAAGAUGUUCAGUAAAAAAGUUCUUCAACUAAAAAUUUAGUGUUAUUAAUAAUAAUUGCGAUAUAUAGCAUGUAGUUUAUAUAAAUUUCUUACCUUUUCUUCAUAAUUUGGUAAACAUUCUUUCGAACAUGUAAUUUCAUCUUCGUACGUAUAACCGCGUUUCUGUCUCAAUUCUGUCAGUGUAUUGUCAUUUUGGUAGUUCUCAUAAUUGACCUGCGAUAACAUUCUAGACUUAAAUUUUGUUUACAUUACUGGCCGGUUAACUGCGCAUUUAAAACAAAUAAUUAAUUUGUGAUUACAAGUCGUUUGUAGAUUAAACUGUAGUAACUAUAUUUAAAUAUAGUUACGAAAUAUGAAACGUGUUAGUCGUCUAUGAAAUAAUUAAUAACUAUUACAUGAAAAUGAUUACGAAAUACUUGUUAGAUAUGGUCUUCAAGGGAGAGAAAUUCUGGAGGUACUUUAUGGUGUUCUAGCCGUUGAUCGGCGUUGCUCUUGUCCAUGUACCACGCACGAACCAUCUUCACUUUAUGAAGAAAUUGUAUCAGAUUGCAUGUAAUUUUUUCCGAUCGUUAUUGACCAGUGACGUAACCCAUAUGAUAAGGUUAUCAUGCAUUAUGUACCGGUAUAUUUUUUCGUGGACCAUAAGAACAUAGGACAGAAAUAAAAUUAUCAACACCGAUGGUAACGAUAUUUCUUUCUGUUCAAAACACGACCCAAUAGGGCUCUACGAGUCACGAGAGAUGACGUGAAAAUAAUUUCAAUGCGAUAGAUAUAAAAGUAUAUAAAUUCUUAUAUACAGAAGAACUGAUAUGUACUGUGCACCAACUCAAAUAAUCCUACAAAUUGGACACUAGUUUAAUAAUUGCGGUGACAAUGGAUGAACUUAAUGUAUUUUAUAAGAAGGUUCAAGCAUACCUGACAAAGAAGAAUAUAAUCUGUGGAGAAUUGCAGUUUCUUACUUUAAGAGCAACAUCUGAAAGUAUUGAACACAUUGAAGACAUAUGCGAUUCAAUAUUGAACAUAUUUGACGCUUGUAAUAUACCCACAAGAGAAAAGACUCUGGCCAAUGAUAAGAAAUGUGCUCAAUCCUACAUGUAUUUAUUAUUAAACACUAUGUUCAAGAACCAAGAACGUUUAGGAGAAGACAUUGUCAAUGGUCAUUUGGUUGAUAUGUGUCCACCUAUAUCUCCAUAUGUAUUUUUACAAAUAUUGUGGAAACUUGAGUAUGAAAAAGUUUUAAUGCAAUCUUUUGUUUACAUGCCUUUUGAUCUAUUUAACGAAGUAUUAGCUAUACUGACGAAAUGUAUAGAAGAAUUACCUUAUCCAAAAUCAAUGAACAUUAUAUAUGAUACAAUAUCAAUUGCAUAUGCUAAAUUUAUCACAUUAAACAAAGUUGGUGUACAAUCUCAAAAUCUUGAAGAAAGUAUAAAAAACUUCCAAAAUAAUUUCCAAGAGUUCCUGCUGCUCUUAACAAAUCCAAAGAUUGUACCCACAGCAAAAUCGUCGGAUUUAAAGAAAAGUGAGCGUGGUGGUAUCAUGUUGAAAAACUUGGUUUCCGUGGUACAAAAUUGCUUGAACCUUAAUUUCCAAGAAAAUCCUACGUCUGAAAAUCUUGAUAAAUUAUAUAACAUAACGUUUGGAAAGGAACCAUAUGAAAAAUAUGAGGACAGUCAAAUGAAAAUUGCUAUAGCAACGUUAAAUGCAGAUUUGAUGGAUAUAUUGUUAAGUAAAAUUAAAGAAAUCGAUUGUAAUAUUUACUUGAACUGGGCCGAAAUAGACGAUGAAGAAAAUAGUAUGAUCUCUUUGCAACGUUCUAUUGGAAUUAAAUGUUACUAUUUCCUAGAAUUGAUCAAGAAUAAUGAGGAAUUGUCACAGAAUAGUGAUCUGAUAGUAUGUUUGCAGCAUUUAUCAUCGAAACCAGAUCCCAGUGAGUCAAGUUUUGUUUUAAGUUUACAAGAACUCUGUUGUGCCAUAUCCCAAGGUAAAAAGGAGCUUAUCAAGGAAUUGUUACAUAGGCACAAAGAAUGGGAUAGAUCGAUACUUGAUUUUGUUUAUAUAAACAAAUCAUUACUAGAAAAGAAAGACUGCUUGAAUCUAUUACAAUACUUAAGUUUUGUUCUUGCACAGUCAACGGACGAAGAAUUCAAGAAUCUCUGUUACACUUUAGUUAUGAAAAUAUUAUCAUCUCAGAGUUUACAAGAUAUCUAUGAAAUCGUAAUGAUGUAUGUGACAAAACAUGAUGGCAAAAACUACUUAGAAUCUCCACAUACGAAAGAAGCAUUUCACGAUUUUAUCACACGAAACUCCAAUGUGCUAACAUCAACAAAUUUGAGAAUUGUUCUACUAUUCUUAUUAAAGAAUCUUCGAUUAAUAUUGACUAUAAUUUUGAAAAUAACUAUCGGACAUCAGGAUUAUGAAGGCACAAUGAUUCCCGCCAACGACACGCUUCUUCUACAUCCCUUUAUGAAAAUUAAAGAAGACAAUAAUGAAAUACUUCUAACUAGUACCUUAAGAACUAUUUGUGUAGAGGAUGCACGAUGGAAUAGAGUGGCGUUCAUGAAAUUUAUAAGAGUCCUAUUAGAAAAUGCCGUAAUCGACGAAGAUAAAUUGAUGAACAAUGUCUUCAUACCAUACUUGGAGAAAGACACUGUCAAUCUAACAAACAUAAAUACUGUUCUCUACAGUAUUCAUAAAUUGCAAGCUCAAUGUACUAAAAAUAUAAAUGUUAAAAAUCUGAUUAUAGCACUUGCUAAGAAAAUGUCUUUUUUGAGAAAGGAUAAAUAUAAUUCUAAAUUCGUGAGCAACGAAACUUUUAGUCACAUAACAAGAAUAUUGACAUAUUUCUUGGAAACUAAGAGGCAUGCAAUUCCUUAUUUUACCAAGAAAGAAAUAUUGAAUCAGAUUCUAAGCAUAAUUGAACCAAUAGAUCAAUUAUAUUUCACAUCGUUUUGGCGUUUAAUGCGGAGAAACGCGAAUGUAAUUGAUAUAACAGAAGAUUACGAAAGGCGUUGUUUCAAUGUGAUAAAUAAAUUGAAAGAAGACCCCACAACUCCGACGAAUCUGAGAGACUAUUUGUCAAAUUUAAAAUUGUUAAGAGAAGACUUUUUGCGACAUUUAAUUACUAGGUCAUCCAAAGUGGAACAUCAUACGCUAAGUAAACAACUUACCAGAAUUUUCUUGCAUUGUUUUGGAUGGAAAGACCAGUUCGAGGCAUACGAUAAUUUCUCUCGUUUAACAAUAGAAGCCUGUUGUUUAUCAUUAGAGUAUCCGAAUAUUGGUGGAAACGAACUAUUUUCCUUUUUAUUUAUGUAUUUCACACGCUUUACUAAAUGGUUUUUAUCAGUUGAAGGUACAGCAGAUGAAGGAAAGGUAUACGAAUCGUUGAUUGAAAAACUUCGUCAACUUGAAAGAAGCAUAUACCAGACACGUUAUGCGAAUUUGUACGACAGUUGUUUUACAAAUUCGAAUAAAGAUAUGCAGGACGAUUCUAAUAAUCUUAAAGAACUGUUCAACAACUGUAAACGGUUCUGUAAUUUGUGUUUCGAGUCUUAUGAUCCAAAUCAAAAUCAAGCUAAAUCAAGAUUAGUAUUUCAUAAUCAAAAAAUUUCUAAUUUCUAUGUAAUUCAUGAAAUCAUUUCUGCUUGUAUGAAAGUACCUGCAACAGAAGCAUACGAGUGUAUCAAAAGAAUGAAUGAACUGUUUGUUUCAAGUUAAAUUGUUUAUACCUGUAAGGUAUACUUAUGUUAUUAUAGCAAAUUGUGAUUUUUCCAUUAGUUUAUGUUUAUAAGUCCUCCUUCUUUAUUACGGACCAUUACGACUGAUUUCCUUCCUAAAUACGUGUGUCCAUUUUGUAAUGAUUUCUUAUUUUAGUGGACUAGCAUUAAAUAAAAUUCUGAUUUUCAUGUUUUA